ACAUGAAGAUGUGGAGUGGUUUUUGCGUUGCAAUCGGAUUGCUGUUUUUUGUGGAUGUAGUCAAUCUGGUGCCAGAAACGGACUAUUGUACUUUAAAUAACUGCCUAGAAGACAGGGAACUUCCUCAUAUUGGAUGCCAUAAUACAGGGAACUGGUCGUCGAAGUGUGGAAAGGAUGCAAAGAUCAUUCCUCUAUCCCAGAGCAUGAGGAAAUUCAUCUUGUACUAUCACAACACAUAUCGCGAUAUUGUGGCCGGGAGCAAAUUCCACAGGUUACCGAACGCAGCACGCAUGCUCAUGCUGAAGUGGGAUCGCGAACUGGCAUACCUAGCUGAGCUCCUUGUGAAACGCUGUGACCUCCAACCCACAAAACACUGUAUUUCCACGGAAGUAUUCUCCUCUCCGGGCUACCAUGCGGUCUACAACAAGUUCAAGACGGAUGUGAAUCCGCUCAGGAUAAUUAGAUCACAGCUGAAUGCUUGGUACGAUCAGUAUAAGCACGUCACCGCACCCAGUUUAUUGGAUGGAUUGUCCAGUGAUAACAAAGAGAUUGGACACUUUCUGAGAAUGAUGGUGGGCCCAAGUAACCGUUUGGGCUGCGCCGUAGCCAGAGUCGAAAAGGAUGGAUGGACCCACCAAUGGCUAUCCUGCCUGUAUAGCUGUUCGCCCAAGAAGCACUCCCUACUAUAUGAAUAUUCUGCUAAGCCCGCAAUGUAUUGUAGCACCGGAGUUGAUGGAAAGUUUCAACAUCUUUGCAAUGUCUCAGAGCCUGUGGUAGAUUGCAGGCAUUCUGGGUUGUUCAAGGCAGUCAUUACUAACGAUACUGCAUCGCUUAUCAGGGCCAUGAUGAACCAACAAGUCAAGUCCAGGACUUUAUGUGUAGUCUGUUCUCUCUGCUGCAAAUGGUGGGAUUGGGCUGCAAAUUCUUGGAGUCUGGUUAAGAAAACUUGGAAUACGAUUAUCGGCGGUAGUAAAGGCGGUAGUAAAGGCGGUAGUAAAGGCGGCAGUAAAGGCGGUAGUAAAGGUGGUGGAGGUGGGGGCGGACAUGGUGACGAAGAAGAAGAAGAAGAAGAUUAGUGUAAAUAUCAAAAACAUAAUCAUAAUUCCUAUAUUGUCAAAAAUGGACAAUUGUUGUUUUUGAUACUUCAAGUAAAAGGGUACUUUGUAUAUGUUAUUACGGGCAAAACGAACGGUAUGCGACCCAAUAAAGUUUAAAUUCAACCUAAG